AUGCCACGACACGGGUAUCAACCUACCCGCGCGCACACCAGCCAACGCGACGAAUGCGACGAAACAGCUCUGCAUCUUUUGAGUUGCCCCGCUCUUCAUCCACUGCGAGUCCAAUUUGCGAUAGUUGAUGAUGUACCCCUGAUGAAACUAUGUUUUUCUAAGCGAUUAGCAAAAUUCCUUAUUGCAGUGGAGCGGAACUACAUUAUGCCACAGACUUCACACCCAAGAAACCCUACGCAGCCUACCUUCUUUCCCCACCUCUCUAAAAUAAGCGACGGGCACGACCAUGGAAACCUUGAUAGAAGAGUAAGUUCAAGACGUCUGUCGGCGACCAAAGAAGCAACAAAAUAA